CAGCAAUUCCCCAAAUUCCCCACCAGCAAAGUCACCGUUGCUUGGUGUGGUGUCCGCUGAAACGAAAGUCGCCGUCGCCCCGCCUCGCCUUCGCCGUCUCAUCUCCCAGACUCCCCCGCCCGUUUGACCCCCUUCCGUUCGUUCGUUCGUUCCCCGCUUUCCCCUCGAUCCCUUCCUUUCCGCAGUUCCGCUCCCCACCCCCCGAACCCCACCGCACCAACCAGCCAGCGGCCGUCCCCCUCCCGGAGCGGUUGCUUCGCUUGCUUACUCCCUACUCCCGUUCCGUUUCAUGGUGGCUGCCGCCUCGUGAGGGCCGCGCUCUGCGAUCAGAAAGAUGAGGCACGCCGCCGCUGCGGGCACCGUGCUGAGGGUAGCUGUAGUGGGCCUGGUGGUGGCCGGCCUCGCCCUCCCGCCGCCAGCCGCGGCGCUGCGGCCUCUCAGGGAGCGCGUCGUCUCCGCCGGCGCCACCGCCUCCUCCGGAUCGUGGGCCAAUGAGCACACGUUCUUCAAGAGGGAUGACAAUGAGAUGAGUCCGUAUUCAUGGAAUAUUACAGGAACAUAUAAAGGAAGUUGGAGCUUUGCUGGUGCCACAAAUGGUUCUUCUAGGUUUCUUGAGUUUCUGACAUCUAAAGGUGACUCGGUUUUGGAAUUACUGAGUACCCCAACAAAGAUAAGUGGGGUACACUAUGUUCAGGGAACAAUCACAUUCCAUGAUGUUAUCGACAAUACUCAUGAUCGUGGGGUUGCUCAAAUAAGGUUAGAAGGCGUGUAUAUAUGGCCUUUUAGACAGCUACGCAUGGUAGCUAACAGUGGUGCUGAUGGCGAACCGCUUCAAGAAGAGGAUUACUUUUUGUCGAAUCCAUACCAUUUGCUGCGGAUUUUCUCCUCUCAAGUGUUCCAAGAUUCUUCUGAAGAGAAGAACCGAAGGAAGAACUCUCUCACAUAUGACAUGGAGAAACAUUGUAACAUAGAAAUAGCAGCUAAGGUGGUCCGGGUUUCAUCUAACCUAAAUGGUACUGAAUUUCUUUACGAAGGAGAGCAUGAAAAGUACCGGUUGGAGGGUUUGAUGGAAAGUCCAGCGGUAGAUGAUGAUGGAGAGUGCUUCUCAUCUAUCUUACUAAAUGCGACAUCGCUGAAUGUUGAAGCUUAUUACAACAAAGCAGUGAACUAUACUCUGAUGGUCACUUUUAUCUCGUUCCUCCAAGUUUUGCUGCUUAUUAGACAAAUGGAACAUAGCAACACCCAGUCUGGAGCUGCUAAGGUUUCUAUUUUAAUGAUUGGGCAACAAGCUAUCAUGGAUGCAUAUCUCUGUCUACUGCAUCUGACUGCUGGUAUUUUGGUUGAGUCUCUCUUUAAUGCCUUUGCAACAGCUGCCUUCUUCAAGUUCGUCGUUUUUUCUAUUUUUGAGAUGAGAUAUCUGCUUGCUAUUUGGAAAGCAAGUAGACCAUUGAACAGUGGAGAAGGUUGGGAAAUAAUGAGGAGAGAACUCUCUGUUCUGUACAGCCGCUUCUAUGGCAUUCUUUUGGGUGGAAUCCUUCUCAUGUAUGAGUUGCACAAUUUCUUGCGCCCGCUUCUUUUCCUGAUGUACUCAUUUUGGAUUCCUCAAAUUGUCACGAAUGUCAUUCGGGAUACAAGAAAACCCCUGCACCCUCAGUACAUUUUAGGCAUGACUGCCACACGCAUCGCCAUACCUCUGUAUAUAUUUGGUUGCCCUAACAACUUCAUGCGCAUUGAGCCCGACAAGAAAUGGUGCAUAGCUGUGACAGUUUUCAUGGGUAUCCAGGCAGCAGUGCUCCUGCUCCAGCACUAUCUUGGUUCUCGCUGCUUCAUUCCUCGCCAGAUCCUCCCUGAGAAAUACUGCUACCACAGGAAGGUAGAGGAUAACACAAAUCAGCCAAUUGAUUGUGUUAUUUGUAUGACUACCAUUGAUCUUACCCAAAGAACGAGUGAAUACAUGGUGGCACCUUGCGAGCAUAUAUUCCACUCAGGCUGUUUACAACGCUGGAUGGACAUCAAGAUGGAGUGCCCAACUUGCAGGCGCCCUCUACCACCAGCUUAGAGGGGCAAUCCUUUGUACAAUAUAGUUAACAAGAAGUAGGUAGCUCGACUUAUACAAGGUGGGAAUUGAGGUGCAAUAAGCAGGUUGCAACCACGGUUGGUUUCUCGAAGUUGAUUGUAGAAAUUUAUGUUUUCAGUUUCAAGAGGUCUUGUAUCGUACAAAAUAUUGAACCGAGUAUAACACGGAGAAAUCUUCCUACUGCAUGGCUGCA